AUGACCACCUUUUGUGAACCUGAAUCAGUACUCGGCGAUACAAUUUCUAGCUUUCGUAAGAGACACUCGACCAAUAGAGUGCUAAUGGGUAUGCGCGACGACUUGCUAAGAGCGAUGAAAAAAAGGUGAGGUUACUCUCAUGGUGCUGGCCGAUUUCUCUAAAGCGCUCGACACAGUCAUCUACAAGGUUCUCUUAACUAAGUUAUCAACGCUUGGUUUCUGCGGUGGUUGAAUAGCUACUUGAGUGACCAGUAACAUUUCGUACCGAUCGAUGAUCGUACAUCUGAAUUAGUGAACCUACGGUUCGGUGUGCCACAAAGGUCGAUCCUCGGCCCAAUGUUAUUUAAUCUUUACGUUUCCGAUCUGCAAGAUCAUCUCCCUUCUUCGAUUGGUUCAUUUCAACGCGCUGACGAUACUACAGUAUACUCCAACUGUCCAGCUCCUGAGCUACAAAGAUGUACGCAAGAACUAAACUCCACACUAAACACUGUGAGCUCCAAGCCAGAUGUCACAUGUACAUAG